AUGGAGGCAGAAAUGUUAGAGGCUCUAUCGCAAGCUAUAUCACUGAAGAUCGAGGAAUGGCUCCAGCAACAGCAAGGUUCUGGUAGAAGGAUGCAGCAAAUGAGCAAAGAGCAAGGUCCAGAACCGAGCAGCUCGAGCAGAGAAGCACCACAAGCCAUCGACCGAUUUUUAGAAAAGGCAUUUAAGAUUUGGCUAAGCCUGCAGCACAACCGGGAUGCCUCCAGGAAGCAUGAUGAGUUGUGCACCAUCUAUAGAGUCCCUGGGAACACCAGACUUCACGAUAAGAAAGCCUAUGAACCAGUGUUUGUUCCUAUAGGUCCAUACCAUCAUGUCCAUAAGCGACUAUCUUUUAGAGAAAUGGAAGCUCACAAGCCAGACUGCAUCAGCUAUUUGCUCUCUUUAGCUCCAAAUGGAGGGGAAGAAGAGGAGCUGAAGGCAAAGUGCCUUGCCAAACUGAAGGAGUUGGAGAGCAAGGCCCGGAGCUGCUACUCUGAAGACACCCGCCUUAUGGACAGCGAACACUUCUCGGAGGUGCUAAUGCGUGAUGGCUGCUUCAUCAUUUAUCUCCUCCUAAGCCAACCAGAGAAGUCUGAUGAUAAGGAACAGGCAGACAAAAGUAUCAAGUUCAGAGAGAUUGCACAGCAGAAAAGGAGGCCACUAAUUGAUAAGCAGAAGUUAAAUGAAGUCAAGCUUGAUUUGCUCAAGCUUGAGAACCAGAUUCCUUUUUUUGUUGUCCAGGCAUUAUUUGACUUGAUCCAGCCCUUCGACAUGCCGCCUUCUUCCUUGAUCGAUCUAGCACUGAAAUUCUUCGAUGAUCUACAUCUAUGCAAGCCCAAGAACAACAUGCCAGCCCCAUCAACAGAGGAAGUCCAGCAUUUACUACAUCUGCUCCACUUGUCUGUUGCUCCUGUUGCAUAUGAUCAAAUGAUGGGCUCUGAUGGUUGGGAUCCAGAAGACCCUUCAUCCAGCAGUAAUGGACCAACAUGGAUCCCCAGUGCCACAGAGCUGCAGGAGUCCGGGGUCAAGUUCAGGGUGAAAAAGAAUGCAAGUAGCAUCAUGGACGUAACCUUCCAUAAUGGCCUCUUGGAGAUGCCCAAAUUGCACAUAUACAAUUCCACCGCCCCGAUCAUCCGCAACCUCAUCGCCUUCGAGCACAAUGUUCCCAACACAGGAUCCUACAUUACUUCCUAUGUAGCAUUCGUCAACUGUCUGAUGCAUGGUGAGGAAGAUGUGAGGCUGCUUCACCUGAAUGGGGUUGUGAUAAACAACAUGACCUCUGAUAAGAGGGUGGCCGAGUUCUUCAGGAGGAUCUGCCCUCGAGGCCCCGUGGCUUCCAGGCAAAAUUAUCUGCAUGACCUGUUUGUAAAAGUCACAGAUCAUCAUUCCCGCAGAACGAACAGAUGGAUGGCUGAAGCUAGAAGGAACUACUUCAGCAGCCCAUGCGUAAGCAUAUCAGUCCUUGCUGGCUCUUGCUUUCUAGUCUUAACCUUCAUGCAGACAGUUUUUACCAUCAUGCAGACCCUUCAUGACUUGAAAAGGGGCUGAGAAGGUAAAUUCAGGACCUUGUUACCUCAUGAGGUGAUUCAUUUCCCUUCAUCCAUAGCUUUCAGUAAUUCAAUGCAGAAACUAAAAGCAGUGUGUAGCCUAAUGGGAGCAUAAUCGUGCUCGACUAGUUUGUAAUUAGGAUGUGGCAUUAUAAGCCAAACAAUAUCUCUUUGCUUGGCUCUUUUCAGUAUUGGUCAUCACAAUGUAUAUAACGUAUCUAUAUGAAAAUAUGGUAUAUAUUCCUCUUUCCCUUUGAGACUGUGAUCUGAGGUAAUUUCAGUUCUUUCAAGAACAGCAUAGCUGUGAUCUUGGUCUACCACAACAUAUCACUUCGGUGCUCAAUGA